AUGAGACUACCUAUUGAAAGCAAAUACCCCAUUCCCCUCGAUGAAAUUGAAGAAGAUCAACCAGACCAUAUGAAGCAACUUGAAGAACUACACCAUGAACGCAUCAAGACAGCAACACUUAUUGAACAGAAGCAAAAGCGAGUUAAAGAAAAGAUGGAAGCCAGCAAGGACUUAGCCAAUCCUUAUCAAGUCAGCAACCUAGUUUUGUUAUAUGCACCUGCGCACAAAAGGAAAUUAGAGCAAGCCAAUGAAGGACCAUUUAGAAUUAAAGAAGUAGGACCUAGGAGAACAUAUGUAUUAGAAACAAUGGGAGGAGUUGAGUAUAUGAAAGUAUUGGGUAGAAGAUUAGUUCCAUACAAAGACCGAAUGAAGGCUCGAGUGGAAAUAGGAGAGGCAAGCCAUCCUCUAGACUAA